AUGUCGGGAAUCAAGUCCGCACUGACUGCAGCACUGUCGGGGUCCCCCGCCAAGCCGGCACAGGCUCGGACCGCCGGCAAGGUGGACUCCGAGUCCUUCCCAUGCAUCUCCGAGGGUGCCCCGCUCUCCCCAGAGCAGGCCGCGGAGGGUUUGGCAGCCCUCGACAUCAACCGGGCGACCCUGCCCAGUAACGCUCCCACCCUGUCGCGCAGCCUGGACGCCUCCAGGACCGUGGUGGAUUAUGACCUGAACCCUUACAACCCUCGUGGCGGGCGCGAGGUGGUGCCCACCUCCCUGAAAUCCUCGAGCAUCAAGUCCAACUUCCUGACCGAGGCCGUGAUCGGGUCCCUGCCACGGGGCCUCUCGCACUCGGAGCGUGAGUUCAUCGUGGCCAACACGCCGCUGUCUCCCUCCCUCAACCUGCUCAGCUCCCUACCCAGGGACCAGGUAUCUGCCAGGUCCGUGGAGGGGCGCACCCUGCGCCGCCACGUACUGCGCGGCGCCGUCAUCGUCUUCAUCACCGCCGGAUACUCGGGCAAACGCUUCAUCUUUGAGAAGGCCAAGGAGCUGGGCGUGCGCAGCGUGCUCAUCGACGGCCCCGACUCCUGGAGCCAGGAGGGCCUGGGAUGGACUUGGAUGAAGACGCUGCUGCGUGAUGAGCUGGAGACCAAUGGCAUCGUCGAGCGCUUCAUUGGACUGGACAUGACCGAUGCCGACUCGGUCUUUGACCGCGCCCUGGCGGCCAUUGAGAAGGUCAAGAAGGAUUUUGGCGAGCUGGACGGCGUGGUGUCCUUCUCGGAGAUGGCCCAGCCGCUGGUGGCGCGGCUGAUCGAGAAGCUGGGCCUGCCCGGCAACUCCAGCGCAGCGGUGGACUCCGCACGCGACAAGCACGCCACCCGCCGCUGCAUGUCCGAGGCGGGGCUGCCGACGCCGCGCAACUUCCUGAUCACGCGCGAGGACGAGCUGGACGCCGCUUCCCAGCUGGUGGGCUACCCUGCGGUCAUCAAGCCCAUCCACGGCGCGGCCUCGCUCGGCGUUGUGCGCGUGGACGACCACGAGGCGCUCCUGCGCGCCUACGCGCGCGUGCGGCGCGAGAUGGGCUCCGUGCGCGUGCACUCGGGGAUCGUGGAGCAGAUGGCGUCGGACGACGAGGGGGAGGGCAACUUCACCACCACGCUGAUGAUGGAGGAGUACCUGGACGGCCCGGAGGUGGACGUGGACGUGGUGUUCAGCGAGGGGCAGGCCGUGUACGGCGCGGUCACCGACAACUGGCCCACGCUGGAGCCGUACUUCAACGAGACCGGGUCCAACUCGCCCUCCAUCCUGCCCAGCGCGCAGCAGCGCGAGCUGCUGGAGCUGGGCGUGGCAUCGGUCAAGGCCCUGGGCUUCGACAUGGGCGUGUUCCACGUGGAGUGCAAGUACACCUCGCGCGGCCCGCGCCUGAUCGAGGUCAACUGCCGCAUGGGCGGGGGCCCCGUGCGGAACAUGAACCUCCUGGUCUGGGGCGUGGACCUGGUGGAGGAGCAGCUGCUGCUGGCCGCGGGCAUCCCUUCCCGGCCCCCCGUCGCGCCCGCGCCCCUCACCCACCUCGCCGAGUUCUCGGUGAACGCGCAGCGCUCGGGCGUGCUCGCCGACGUCAGCUUCCUGGACAAGUACGACGUAAUGAAGGACGUGCUGUACGUGCGGCCGCUGGUGGAGGCGGGGGCCAAGGUCACCUGCGUGGAGGAUGGCAUGCCCACUUGGGUGUGCGAGAUCAUGGUGCAGCACCCGACCUCCACCCAGGCCGCCAUCGACUACGUCAACCAGAUCGAGGCCGCCAUCCAGAAGGAGAUGCCCAUCGAGGCACGCAAGGCCAAGUGA